AUGCUGUUUGCCGAGUUCAAGCUGAGAUUGAGUUCUUUGCGCUUUGCGCGGUUGCUCUGUGCUCUAGAUGACACAGGAAAAGACGGUUCACUGCCAAAGUGUAGAUGCAUGCAAGAUAUGUGCAAUGGACCAGACAACUUCAUGAUGUGGAAAAGGACACGUCUGAAGCCUGAAGCACCUCCUUCUUCGUGCUCUCCACCACCAAACGAGAAAGCCACUGCUAGCUGUUCGGAGCCAAAGAGGCAGACAGAAUUAACAAUGAAAGAUAAUGAUGAUAAUGAACGCCCUUUCCUCAAAGUCCUCUCGGAAGAAAGGCGAUGGAGACCCCGAAGCAGAAGCAGUCGGCGUGCUAUGGCAUGCUAUGGCGUGCUUGUCGACGUCUUCGAAGUCGAGGUCAGAGAAAGUCAUCUCCCAGGCGCAGACGAAGCGCGUCUCGAAAAAUGUCAAGAUACCGUCGACAGUUGCAGCAAGAGGAGGGGGCAUCGAUCGGCCAGAGGAGCAAUGGGAACACUUGCAAUGCCACGGAAGAGGGAUGAAGCUGAUGAAGCUCGGAUGAAGCUGUUGCUCUAUGUCAAUGUUGCUCUCCAAUUUCAACAGCUUGCUUUCAACCUGCGCCCAACCCCGGUGUACCUCUGCACACGAUUACAGAGUCAGUCUCGUAUAAUUGGUGUGAACAAUUUCAGCUCAGCACGAUCACAAGCAACUUUCACUGCCUUCUACGUUGUCACAUCACGGUUUCCCUUCCUGCGUCUCGCCACGCUCCGGUCUAGUCUCCUGCCUGAGUUCGAAAAAGGCCCGGAUUGGAACACGUGAGAUCUUGCAACCCCCAAAAAUGCUGCUGCUCAAUUGGGAAAGCUUGGUAU